AUGACCACCUUGAACCCCCGCCCUCCCUAUACACAGGAUGAGCUCAGGCAGCUGUACCCGUCCGACCUCAAGCUGCAGUUUGUCCAGGUCCUGCUGCGCCAUGGUGAACGGUCCCCCGUCUCUGCUCGCUUCGCCAAUGCCGGACUCCCCGCCUUCUGGCCGUACUGCAAUGCCGUCCGACACAUGCGAAAUGCCGUCCUCGACACCUCGUUUUCAUCGCCGCAGUUCACCACCCUAGAAUGGAAGCGCCGCCUGGAGGCCUUUGGCCCCGGUGACGAGCCCGUCAUAGCAUCUGGUCCCAAGGGCGAGCUCGACGCGAUCUGCGAUAUGGGUAUGCUCACGGAUAAGGGGCGCGAAACGACGUUCCAUCUGGGUACUCGAUUGCGCAAGCUAUACGUAGACCAACUCGGUUUCCUGCCGCCCGCCAUAUCCGAUGCCGACAGUCUAUACCUCCGCGCGACGCCGAUACCUCGAGCGCUCGAGUCUCUUCAGGAGACCUUCUUGGGCUUGUACCCAGCCCACACUCGUGCUCCGAACUUCCCUCCGCCUACAAUUCUGACGAGAUCCGCGGCGGAUGAGACCCUCUUCCCCAACGACAGCAACUGCCGUCGCUUUGCCGCCCUGUCGAGAGCCUUCGCCCAGAGGGCCGCCGAUCGCUGGAAUGAUACCGAUGAGAUGGCCUACCUUACCAAACUUUACGGGAAAUGGAUGCCGGAAGGCUACCCGCGCGUAGCUGUAGACGGGAAGCCACGGCUGAGCGGUAUCAUGGAUACCGUCAACAGCACGCUCGCACACGGGCCGGAGACCCGCUUGCCGAAAGAGUUUUACGACAAGAAGGGCCGGGACAUCCUCGAGAAGAUCGGCGUAGAAGAGUGGUUUGCUGGGUACAAAGAAAGCAAGGAGUAUCGUGCCUUGGGUAUUGGUGGUCUGAUGGGCGAUGUCGUGUCGCGCAUGGUUGGAUCCGCCGAGCGCAGCACCGCGGAUGGUGAGUACGAGGUCGCGAGAGACCUGCAGCGUGGUGACAUCAAGGCUGGAAAAGGAGCCACGCCGAUUCGUUUCGGCCUGAGUGGCUGCCACGAUACCACGCUAGCCGCCGUGCUCGCUAGCAUGGGGGCAUUCGACACUGACAAGUGGCCCCCUUAUACCAGCCACAUCGCCAUCGAGAUGUUCAGGAAGGCAGACCAACCACCGCCUGCGACUACGAAGCCGUCUGUACCGCCCUCCGAGGCACCGUCCGCCCCGAAGUCCACAAGCCGGUUUGGGGGCCUAUCUUCGCUGCUGGGAGGGUCGUCUGCCGGUGCCCAGCCAGGCCUUCCCCCACCAGGCAUUGGCCGCAAGCGGUCGGAGGAGCUGACGGAGGAUGAAAAAUCCAAACUGGAUGGGUAUUAUGUACGAAUGAGGUACAACGAUGCGGUCAUGAAAGUGCCUGGCUGCAAGCCGCAGGGCAAGCACCUGGAGGGGGAUGACAGUUUCUGUACACUGGAAGCGUUCAAGGAGAUUGUAGACAAGUUCGUGCCUCAGGAUUGGAGGAGAGAGUGCAGAUCCAACAUCAAAGCUCCCGCAUUCCCCGCGAACCCAGAACCCGCUGGGUACUAG